UGUGCAAGAAGCAGCAAUGCACGAUCGAGAGGCGAGGCAUUCGGCAGGAACUUGACUCGUGGCGGCACAAACUCAUUCAUUGUGUAGGUUUUGAGAGCAUUCUAGAAGGGUUGUUUGGGUCGGGGCUGGUGGAGGACCUAACUUUAUUUAAAGACUGUGAGCCUGAAGGCGUGUCAGACUGGUCAUUUGAUGAGAACUGCCUGUUCUGCUGCUUAAGACGAGACAAAGUCAAGGAGCACUUAGUUGGCCUGAGCAACCAGGGGUUGGAGAGCGGGGCUAAACCCCUGCUGGUCAAAGACCAGAUUAAGAUCAACAGACUUGAGAAACAAGCUGAGGAAUUCCUCAGUGCAGUCCUCUACAAAAAAGAUGUCCCCAGCUUCUCGGACCCGCACAUUCCAGUAGUGGCUCAGGCGAUAAUGCAGAGGAUGAUCCGCCAGUUUGCUGCCGAAUAUACCUCAAAAAGCAGCUCCUCUUCUCAGGACGGCCCCUCUGCCCCCAGCCCUGCUCCCCAGCCCCACCCAGAUCAAAGCCUGCCACCUCCCCCCUCGCUGCCCCCUGCUGCCAGCCUUGGUGCUACUGUGACAGCCUCCGUGCCCAGCCAGAACCCUGUCCUCUCCAAGCUGCUUAUGGCCGACCAGGACUCGCCUCUCGACCUCACUGUCAAAAAGCCUCCGCCACAGCCUGUAGAACAAGAUGGAGUGCUGGACCUGUCACUCAAAAAGGGACGGGCCAGAAGCAGCAUGUCAUCGCUCCACAGUUCUCACCUUUCCCAGACAUCCACUCUCAGAGGUGAAUGUCUGGAGCUGAGUCCAGCGAAGGCCAGGGACCUCCAGUCCACUUCGACGCUGGAGCAGUUCAUGGCCAAGCUGUGUGUGCAUCACCAGAGGCAGAUUGUCGACGCUCUGGGCUUCCUACAGACAGAGGUCAAGGCUAUAUCCUCCUCCAGCACUUCACCAGCCUCUGCCUUCAAACCCUCUUGCUCAGUCGAGCACGGCGCCCUCCAGGGUCCUAGCCCUGAACCCUGCCUGGAGACCCUGGAGAAGGGGAGGAUUGGCCAGAAACUUCCCAUGGCUUCCACUCCCAAAGGACCGGCGGAGGGGCGAGAAACAGUUGGUACCAGGAGUAGCAGGUUGGCAGCCCCAGAGAAGACCCCUGAGACUGCUGUGUCAAGAAAUGUAUCUGGGGCCGCUGGGCCGGCCUUGGAUCUCUGUAAACCUGGCCCAGGGGAGUCUAAGGCUUUGGCAACCCUUCUCAGAAGCACAGACAACGGUGAGAGUAAACCUCUUAGUGACCAUGCUCCUCUAAAGAUCAAAAUCAUGAAGUCCAGCAGCUUGGCUGAUGGUAAGAAGCUGUCCUCUGUGCUCACCACCUCUCUUCCUGCUUGCGCCGGUACUAUGGAUAAACGGCAGGGCAAUUCUGACUCUUCAAUCAGAGCAGAUACUUACAGCAAUGGACUCGGCUCCUCUGUGAAAAGGCACAAUCAUGCUAAUCACUCAACAAGACAAAGAGGCUCCUUUGGACGUACCAGAGAUAUGCUGGUCAAACAGAGUCCACUCCAAAAGACCCCCACCAUCAUACCCCCAGUUUCCCCCAGGACAGCAAGGAAGACCAUAAAGGGGUCUUCCUACCAUCGGCCUAGGGACUCUUCCUCAGUGUGUCAGUUUGUAACCGACCCUGAUCUUGGCCACUGCGACAUUGUCUGCAUCGACAAACCAAUCACAGACUGUUUCCAGAAAUGGCAGCACCGUCGGCUCCCGCGACACAACGCCAGGAAAAGCACCAGAGGUCACAUGUACGUGGAGGAGAUGUGGGAGCUUAAGACUGUCCGUACAUUAGCCAGGAAGUCCGCCCGCAACUAUAGUGGCAACUGUCUCACUCCAAUGCCAGAUCUCAAUACUCUGGUCACCCCUAAACAGGUGCUUGGCAAGCCUGAGGGUGUACCUUUUGUGGAUAUGCCCUUCAUUGGAGGUAUUUUGGAGACGGUCAGUCAGAAAACUCCCUCGGAGCAUCCAGCUGAAAGGGAGUUGCCUGGGGCUGGGGAUAUAGAGACUGCAGCAACAUCAGCCAGUGAGGUGGAGCUGAUUGUUCAGACUAGUCAGACAGACCAGAGUCAAUGCAAAGAGCAGACUGACCCUCCACCUCCUUCACAGUGUCCCCCAGUGGAGAACGAGCAGUGUGCAGGGACAGACUCAGAGCAGCCAAGGCAGAGCGUAGCACCAGAGGAUAGUCUAGCUCAUACUGUGGUCGAGACCGCACAUCAGGAUGUAAACAGUGUUAAUAAUGACAUUGUUUUGAGUGAAAGCCCAGAGCAAGUGGUGAUGGGGAAAGAUGUGAACCCAUCACAUAAGACAUCAGAAGAAGCUGAGCUUGUCCAGGAUAAGCUGCAGUGUGUGCCAGAGGGCCAGAACGUUAUCUCUGAAACCCAACAAAAGGAAUCUGAAUCCCUGACCCCUUCCAUGGAGAGCACUGGAGACAAGGAGAAGAAUGAGGUAGUGAGUGCAGGUGCAAUUGAUAAAGAGCAGGCCGAGCCUCUGGAACAUCAGAGUCCAGAUGACCAGAAACCAUCUGAGGUUCCCACAGAGAGUGAAAGGAUGGAGGUGCAGGAAACGGGCAAGGUUGAACCAGACUUGGCUCCAGGUGACGGCAACAAUGUGCCUGAAGAGAAAAAGACAGAUGCUGAUUCGUCCUCUAAAAAGGCUGAUGAGGCAGUUGUGAAACAAUCACCUCCAAGACGUGCUGAAAAACAGGGUAUUCCAGCACGGGUGAUUCCUUCAAGGGUGAAGGAAGUUGCAGUGAUUGAGACAGAGAAUAUGAUUAUAUGUGGAUAUGUGAAUGGUAGACCUAUAGGACAGUCUGACAGAUGUUUGCGUGAACGGACAGCUAAAAACACCCCAGAGUCUACUCCUACGAAGACUAAUCGCCCCAUUAAGGCCUCUCUGAAACAGACUGAGAAACCUUCAGAGAAUGUGUCUGAGAUUCCACAAGUCUCACCUGAGACUCCUCUCACCCCGGUCGCUGCUGGGAAAAGCGUCAAAAGCCCCUUGUCGAAACGACCCACCAAGGCCUCCCUGAAACAAUCUGAGAAACCCUCUGAGAACAUGCCAGAAGUUCCUCAAGUCUCAUUCCCUCCAGAUGAAGUGAUCAAAAGCCCUGUGUCCAAACGUCGCACAAAAACCUUUAAAGCUAAAGCAACUCAGAACCUGCCUGACACGAAGACACCUGCGGAAGCAAGCCAGAUCACUAUAACAGCAAGACAGAGCAUUCCUGACACUCCUCUAGUCCCAGACACACCAGUCGACUCCCCCAGGAGCCCUGAGCCCAGACACCCUGUCAGAUCAGCCAGACUGCAACAGGCAGCAGCUGUUACCUCUCCUCUCCUCCCUGUCGCCUCGCCUCCCCUCCCUGUCGCCUCGCCUCCCCUCCCUGUCGCUUCGCCACCCCUCCCUGUCGUCUCGCCUCCCCUCCCUGUCGUCUCGCCUCUCCUCCUAGUUACCUCCCCUCCCACUGAAGUUGCUGUUACUUUCAUUGUCCCCCCAGAACCAUCUACCUCCCUCCCACUCCCCUGCACAGAGUUUAACCCUUCCCUCCCCGUUGCCUCUCCUCUUCUUCCUAUUGUCCCCCAUCUUUUCCCUUCAUUUGAUCAGAACAGUGCAGUUACCCAGAGCUCUGCAGAGCUGAAAGUUGAAACGGCUCAGCCAGCUCCAAAACCCAAACCCAGCAAGACACAGAACACGGCAGUGGAAACUAGGGUGCAAACAAGACCAAAGCUCAGGUCGUCAAUGAUGGUAGUAGCAAAGGAAGUUGAAGUUGAAAAGGUUGUGAGUCUGCAAGUUAGCAGUCAGGGUUCUGCUCACACAGAGGGUACAAUCAUUAAAAAGAGUGAGGCGCAAGCACAAAGUAGUCCACUAAGAAGCAAAAUAAUUCCCAAAAAGGAAGGAGAAGCAAGCAAAUUGGCUCCAUCUAAAGAGGGAGAACCAAGCAAAUUGACUUCCCUGAAGAAUUCAGAGGAACCAACUUUGCUGAAGAAGGUAGAGGCACCAACUUCAAUGGAUAACAAAAUUCCAUCUGGAGAUUCCAGCAGGUCUUCCAUCAGCAGUGCUUCAGACAAACCUGGGCGAAUGCCAUUGAGGAGUGAGAGUAGUAAAACUGAAGUGGCCAGCCAGUCCGUUACCCCGACAACCCCACCAACUGCGGUGGAGAACAGGAAGUCUGCUUUGAGAGUCCAGAGGUCACCCACGCCCUCAACCAGUGCUCCAAUCACAGCUGAGAAACAGAGUGAAGUGGCAUCUCCCAGUAGGCUGAAAUCCCCAGUGAGACUCUUAUCACCCAUCAAGUUAAAACCUGAGAGGAUAAUCAAGUCUCCACUGAGGGAUUCUCCUUUGCUGGUCAGUUCUCCUCUGCCCUCCAGCUUAGUCACUCCUCUCCUCCUGCCCAAGCUGGAGCCCCCAGUACAGUCUCGACACAAGUUCCUGGAGUUACUAGACGUAGAGGAAAACCAACAGAAAAUCUCUAAUCUCAACACCAGGUUCGAUAAGAUGCAUAGAGGCUGGGUCCAGAUAGACAAAGAGGGACAACCAACGCCCAAACACAAGAACAAGGCAGACAGACAGGCAGUGAUAUGGAAGAGCAAGCGCCGGGUCCGCAAGCCCAAGUCUUCGGAGCACCAGAGGUACUCCCUUGUCCAGAUGCUUUUCAAGAAUGAUUUGGACCUAGCCAGUAUCUGCCGCUGGUACAUGGAGUCAACAGAAACCCAAUCAAUGGUCAUCGUAAAGAAGGUGAACACGCGUCUUCCCUCUGAGACCCAGCUGCUCUUCCCCGGUAUGUCCCAAGGGCCGUCCAAAGGGCUCUUCCCUAGCCUGCAGGCCGAGCGCUUGAAGAAACACUUGAAGAAGUUUGCCAUCGCUUCCCCUGUGAAGAGCAACCCUAAGAGCCAGAAGCUGAUUGCUAAAGCCCUGGCGCAGGAUGUCAGUACAAGUACACCCAAAGGGAAGGAGAAGAGAGAGCUGACCACGGCCACCCGGAUCUCCACCAAAGCCUAUCUCUCCUCUGCAGAGGCACAGCCAGCCGAUGGCCAGAAGGCCUCAGCGAAGGCCAAGAACCCAGCCAUUUCCUGGAUCCUGCGGAAGUACUCCAAUAUACGGGAGAAGAUGCAAGGUCAACAAAGCUCCAAGAAGCCAAAAGGGGCCCCAAGAAAAGAGUUCAAAGCUUCCAAAGUCAAACCCUCUAAACCCCCAAAGACGAAAUUGGCAAAACCAACUAAAUUGAAACCGGCCACUGCCCAGAGGCAGAAAUUAUCUGUUUCUGGAGAUAAAAGUGUGAAGGAGCCAAGUGUAGUCAAAACAGAGCGAGCGCAGCCAUCUCCUAGUGGAAAGAAUCCAGCAAAAGCUGCUGUCCAGGAGAGAUCAGUCAAGACUAGCAGUAGCAGUAGAACCUUAAGGGAUAUCGGUAGGAAAGAGAGUGCUUCACCACAGAGGUCUACCCAAAGAGCGAUGACCCCAAAAGCACAGAAAAACACCCCUGCUUCUGCCAUCACCCCUAAGACGGAAUCAAACAAACAGCAGGUUGGAGCGGAGAAGGCAGGGGUGGAAAAGACUAUGCCAACACAAGCAGGUGAAACAAAGAGACACUCUGAAAGUAGAGUAUCUGAGACUAAAGUCACUGAAAGUAAAGGUGCUGAGAGCAAAGGCACUGAAAGUGAGGUUGAGUCUCCUCAACAGAACAUGGACGUCAAAUCAUCAGGCUCUCCUGACCAGGUACUCACAAGGUCACAAAGGAAGAUGGAGGCCACUCCAUCCCCCUCCAUCCCUCAGAGUGCAAACUCUAAGCCUGCCACAAAGAGGGCCAAUGAACCUGCUCAGAGUGAGUCUCCUAAGGCUGCCACAAAGAGAAGCCAGAAGAGCACACAGACUCCAGCCAAGCGCACCAGGAAGAAAUAGCUAGCGUGCAGACAGACUGUAACAGCCAAGCUGGUUAUAUCACUUUUUUUUAUCGUAUCUGGAAUAUUCUACAGAGGACUGGUCGUACCUAUUUUUGUGUGUUCCUCCCAAGCUGUGUUGGUAAAUUAUCAUUUGGAUGGAUUGGGGGGAGGGGGGGGAGCUUGGCAAUGCCAACACUUGAUAAGCUUCAAAGGCAAAAUGGUGAUGGGAAGAUAUUUAAAGUCGUGUGUGUUUGCUGUGUUUUCUGAGAGGGUUCCUGUCAGACCAGUGUUGUGUUAUACAGAGGCAAAACUCCAUCUGGCCUCUGGUUUGAUCUUGUUUAGUUCUCUAACUGGGCUGGAGAUGGCGAUUAUCUUCAUAUAAGGGUAUAUCUGCAUUGUAAACAUGUCAGACGUUUUUGGUUUGUUUGAUGCUAGUUAUUCAGACUACAGCAUGCCAUGUCCUGUUUUGUAAAGAUCACAGAAGUCUCUUUUCCAUGAUUAAAAAAUUAUUGUGAGGUUUAGUAAUAAUGGCAUGAAAACAUCAGCACCAUGUUGCUAAAAACAAAUAUUGAUGUUCUCUGACUGCAAGCCAAUCGUUCAAUUUAAAAUUAGCCCAGGUUUCACUGAACAUCACUCUUAGAUCUAUAGCCUUAGAUCUAUGUCUCCAGCCCAUCUCGCGAUCAAAGAGUUGUGCGAGUGUGUGUGACUUUUUGUGAUCAGGUAGGUGCCUUAUUCAUCAGAUGUAAAGUGUUGCUAACAGGUGAAACCUCAAUUCUCUGGCCAUUGCACAGACACGUACUGUAGGAGGAGAAAGGGAUUGUUCUAGAUAUGGAUUUGGUGCAGGUCUGCACACAUUGUGUCAUGUUGAUGUGGUCCUUCAGAUGUUAAACCUUCUCCAGUUAUUGUAUAGAGCUGGUCAUUGGUGCAUCUGUGUAUCUUCAUUCACAACUUCCCUCCAUGUGUUCAGUCCUUAUUCUCCUCCAUCUUCCUGCUAUACACCCACCCUGCUUCUCAUCAUGUACUGUUUAUUUUAAAUGUGUAAAGAAGCAUCAUGGUUUGUUAUGCUAAUGAGUUCUCUUUUUGUGUCUGUGUUUCAUUUUAGAUUCUGGGGAUAUUUCUGUUCCCGAGCAGUAGCCUUAACUGUUGUUAUCGUAGCUGUGUUUAACUUUCAAAUACUGUCCGAGUUGUUUUUGCCCUUUACAAUGCCUCGCUAUGUUGUAUCUCUGAUCCUCCCUCUCAUCUUCUCUGAUUCUCAUUAGUUUUAAUGGUGAUGUUUUCCCUCUGGUGUGAUCAUUACCUGCUGUUGCAUGUGCUUUAGCUGCCUGUAGUGUUUACAUUUAAAUACUUGUUUCUCCAGUCUUUCACCUGUGCAACAACAGCCCACUCUUGAAAUGCAGUAUUCACCUCAACUACUUCUUAUUAAACAUGUAUUUGUUUGUUCAAUCUGAAAACUAGCUUUUGUUGCAGAACUUUAAGACUAUGCAUGUACGUUACCUUUCCUCUCUGGGUCUUGUACUGAAUGAGCAUUAAUAACUGAUGAUAAACCCUUGAAAGACGUGUCAUUGGUCACCUGUUUUGCAAGGGGGUUACUUUAAGAAUGUCUGCUGUUUGAGAGCAGAUGCCAGGGAAUGAUGCUACAGCACAUGGAGCCACAGGUUGUAUCUAAUGUUGGAUUGAUAUGUUUUGCCCAUACUUUAUGAGCUUAGGGUGUGUUUGCCUGUUAUUUGGACUAUAUUGCAGUGUACUGACCCCUGGUGACAUAUGAAAAUUGUUGGAGAAAAAAAUUAUACUUUUCAAGUGUUUGUAAAUGAUCAGUCUGUACAAUAUCCCAAUGUUAUAGAAAUAGCCUGUCUGACAUGUAUUUUAUUUCUCAGAUUGUUAUUUUGUUUCAGGAAGAUGUUUUCUUGGUGUGAUGCUUCCGUACUUUAGCAAUAGCUUGACCUCCGUUUGUGUCAUAAGAAAUACAUUUUAGCACAGUGUUAUUUUUAUUAUGGUUAUUUCACUUUAAAAGUAAUCAUUUUGUAAAUGCAAAAGGUAUAAUUCAUGUUUUAUAUUGUUAUUUAAGAAACCCCUAUAGAUAAAUGCAUACAGUAGAUCUAAAUGAAGCAGUCCACCAAAUAUCAAACUUGAACAUGUUUUAUUCUUUACUGUGGAUAUUUAUAGUUUGGGAUUCUGUAUAUUGGAAAAUAAAUAACUGAUGUAUUUAUGUUAAUCCCAAUAAUGAGACAUCUUUUACGUUAGUGACUUUGUAUUCUUGCUGGAGUUGAUGUAAAGAUCUUUGAAAUGUA